AAAGAUACAUGUCACGCCCGUCACGGGCUCGAACUUCUUCAAGCUCACCCGUGUAGUCACGAAUUUGCCCGAAAUGCCGGUCGUCAAGACCAAGUACCGGCGAUCCCUGUCGCGCCGGAGAAAUAGUCUCCACCUUAUGUGCAACGUCAAUCUAACCCCACAAUCACACCCUCUAUAACCAGGAUUACGACGACCUUGAGGCUGUUUCUCCGCAUUUGCACCUUUCGGCCCGGUUGGAGAACUGGAAAUAUAUACCGAGGUUACGAGAUUUUGCGCCUAUGGACAGAUUGGUGUCACGACGUUGUAGUCACGAUACCGGGCCUCGGGAGAAUAGGGUACCUAAAAGUAGGAGAGCGUGUACCCUAUAAGACACCUUAGUAACAUCGCUUUCAUAUCUGUGAACUUCCCUAGGGGUUUAAACGACUGCAACCAUGCGAUUCCUCACUCUCCUUGCUCUCAUCCCCGCCGCCCUCACUCUCCCUACGCAAUCCCUAGACUUCGCAGACUAUGCGUUGACCCCACGUGCUGACCCCUCCCUCACCGGUUACCUGGGCGUCUUCUUCCUCGGCGACAAACCCUCCGUCUACUUUUACCUCUCCAACGGCAACAAUGCAAACUCGCUAACAGCCCUCAACAAAGGGCAACCUGUCAUCAAUCCUACCAAAGGCACCCGAGGUGUGCGCGACCCGAGCAUUAUUGAGGGAGGAGGAGCGGAGAAGGGGAAGAAAUGGUACAUCAUCGGCACGGACCUCGACAUCGCGAAGACAACAUGGGAUGCUUCCCAGCGCACGGGAAGUAGAGGAAUAUUUGUAUGGGAGUCGACCGAUCUCAUAACGUGGAACAAGGAGCGCCUAGUAACGGUCGAGGAUGCGACUGCGGGCAUGGUAUGGGCACCCUCAUCCAUCUACGACACAGCAAAGGGCGAAUACCUCGUCUACUGGGCGAGUAAGUUCUACCCUACUUCCGAUCCCAAUCACACCGGCACACCAUCUUCCAUUCGUAUCCGCUACGCCUACACCAAGGACUUUCAAAGUUUCUCCCCGCCAAAAGAUUACAUCAACAAAUCACCCACGAACAUCAUCGAUCUCGAAUUCCUCAGCCUAGGCAACAACGCGUAUGCACGCUUCAUGAAAGACGAGACGGCCAAGAACGUUUUCACCGAGAUCUCCACGACCGGACUCUUCGGCACGUGGAGUCGGCCCGGCGGCGCUAACGCGGUUAUUUCGACUGGUGUCGAAGGGCCGGCUGUGUACUGGGACAACCAGGUCGCGGGCAAGGCGCAUCUGUUGCUUGACUUUUAUGGGAGUGAUGGGUAUAGGCCAUAUGAGAGCACGGAUGUGAAGAGUGGGAAGUGGACUGCUAGUGAUCGGAGUGCUUGGCCGAAGAAUCUUAGGCAUGGGAGUGUGUUGCCUGUUACAGCGGGGCAGGUGGAUGCGUUGAAGAAGAAGUGGGGCUCGUGAGGGAUGGGGUGUGUAGUAGAUUAGUGUAGUAAAGAGGCA